UACGAAUUGAUUGGUGGUAUAGACGGCUUGUUUUUCACGACAAUUGCCGAGUAUUACAAUAUAACAUACGAUGUGAUCAAUACUAACGGUGUUUUUGGGGUACAACCUGUCAAUAAUACGUGGUCAGGGGUUAUCGGUAUGCUUCAGUCAAAGAUUGUAAUCCUAGCGGUUCCGACCAUCAUAUCAUUGCAUGUGAUAUAUGGUUGGAAUCAGCUCAAUGUG